CUGUGUGAACGAAACGUCCUCCAAAAAAAAAUUCUAACCACUAUGCACGAGAGAUCAAUAUUCACUUAUAAAUAAGGGCUUAUACGUCUCCUAUUUGCCUUUUCUAAUAACACUCCUGGCAAAAUUUUCAUCCAUACUGUAUGGUAUUGAAGCUAUCUUGAUAUUCUUAAGCUCAUAAACCAUGGAUGUCUUUCCCUCUUGCAAAGAAAAGGUGGAAGCUCUUCAAUUCGAGUUGGAACACAGGCAGAAAGAGAAUGAAAGUCUUAGAUUUAUGCUUGGAGUUAUGACCAGAAGAUUCAGCAUUCUUCAAGCCGAGAUUCAAGAAACCGAAGAACAUCAACAAAAGACAGCUAGCAACUUAGCGGAUGGAGAUCAAGCUUGUCAUGAAAUCCUUGACUCGAACAAGAGAGCAAGAUUUGAAGUUCCCAUAACCAAGGCAUCGAGAAUCUUGGUGAGAAGUCACUCCAAUGACAAGAGCCUGAUUGUGAAAGAUGGAUAUCAAUGGAGAAAGUAUGGCCAGAAGGUUACUAAGGAUAACCCAUCACCUCGAGCUUACUUCAGGUGUUCCAUGGCUCCUAAUUGCCCCGUCAAGAAGAAGGUCCAAAGAUGUGUAGAAGAUGAUUCAGUACUUGUUGCAAGCUAUGAUGGAGAACACAACCAUGAACCCAAUGGUUCACAUGGACAAUAUUUAUGUUCUCCGCAUACCUCAUCAUCAAAAAUUUCCAUAACUAAUCAUGUCCUCAAGUGUCCAAUCGAAAUUCCUCCUCUUCAACCAUCUAUAGCUCUUGAUCUUACUCUUUCAAGUCCCAGUAAUCAACAGAAGGAAAAUCCUUCUAAAAGAUCCAUGGAAGACUGCGGCAAGAUUAAUAAUAACUGCAACAAGAACUACAUUGAAGAAUAUGUGGCAUCUUUAACUAAAGAUCCUACCUUCUCUGUAGCUUUAGCUGCGGCUGUUGCAAGUUCAAUGAGUGACCUGUCUUCGUCAAGAAUGCUGUGAAAUAAUUAUUGUCUUAUUUAUGAACGGUUUAUGCUCUUUCUCACAA